AUGCAGCGUAAUGCAGUGGCUUCCCGGAGGGUGCAUGCUGCCUGGCGGAGCCUGCCUUUAAAAGGGAAGUACUUCAUCACCAGGAACUACUCCACCCUCAUCGCCUUCGCCGUCGGCGGCCAGUUCCAGCCUGGGAAUGGGUUCAGCCUGCUGGGGGCCCACACCGACAGCCCCUGCCUCAGGGUGAAGCGGCGCUCUAAGCGGGGGCAGGUGGGCAUGGUGCAGGUCGGUGUGGAGACCUACGGAGGGGGCAUCUGGAACACCUGGUUUGACCGUGACCUUACUGUGGCCGGGAGGGUGAUCAUAAAGGACCCGGCCACGGGGCGCCUGGAGCACCGCCUGGUACGUGUGGAGCGACCUGUCCUCCGCAUUCCCCACCUGGCCAUCCAUCUGCAGCGCAACAUCAAUGAGAACUUCGGGCCCAACACCGAGCACCACCUGGUUCCCAUUCUGGCCACUGCUGUGCAGGAGGAGCUGGAAAAGGAGGUGCUCAUGGAAGCCAUACCUUGCGAUACUGCGGCCCAGGCAGAGCGGCACAGCCCUGUCCUGCUUUCCCUGCUCUGCCCCCAGCUGGGGGUGAAACCAGAGCAGAUUGUGGAGCUGGAACUAUGCCUGGCGGAUACGCAGCCAGCGACGCUGGGUGGUGCCUUUGACGAGUUCAUCUUCUCCCCACGCCUGGACAACCUGCACAGCUGCUACUGCGCCCUGCAGGCCUUGAUAGACUCGUGCACAGCGCCCUCUUCCCUCUCCCAGGAGCCCAACGUGCGUCUCAUUGCACUCUACGACAACGAGGAGGUAGGGUCAGAGAGUGCACAGGGUGCGGAGUCCUUGCUGACGGAGCUGGUGCUGCGCCGGAUCUCGGCAUCGCCACAAAACCUGACAGCCUUCGAGGAGGCCGUGGCCAAGUCCUACAUGAUCAGCGCCGAUAUGGCCCACGCUGUGCACCCUAACUACGUGGACAAGCAUGAAGAGAAUCAUCGUCCAGCCUUCCACAAGGGCCCCGUCAUCAAAGUGAACAGCAACCAGCGCUACGCCUCCACGGCUGUCACCGAAGCCAUCAUCCGGGACAUCGCCGCCCGCGUGGGUGUCCCUCUGCAGGAGUUCAUGGUGCGCAACGACACGCCCUGCGGCACCACCAUCGGCCCCAUUCUGGCCUCCCGCCUGGGGCUGCGCGUGCUGGACAUCGGCUGCCCGCAGCUGGCCAUGCACUCCAUCCGGGAGAUGUGCUGCACCUCAGGGGUGCUCCAGAGCAUCACCCUCUUCAAGCGAGUGGUCCAUGAGCGCCGCUGGGGGCGGGGGUGA